GGCGCUGCCCGGGCGGGAGCCAUCGGGAGCGGAGGAGGAGGGCGUCAUGGCGGACGAGGAGGAGGACCCCACGUUUGAAGAAGACAGUGAAGAAGCCGGAGGGGGAGCGGACGGCGGGCAGGGGAAAAGGAAAAGACUCUUCUCCAAAGAACUGAGAUGUAUGAUGUAUGGAUUUGGAGAUGACCAGAACCCUUACACAGAGUCGGUUGAUAUUCUGGAAGAUCUCGUCAUAGAGUUUAUCACUGAAAUGACGCACAAAGCGAUGUCGAUCGGACGCCAAGGUCGUGUGCAGGUUGAAGAUAUCGUCUUCUUGAUCCGUAAGGACCCGAGGAAGUUUGCCAGGGUGAAAGACUUGCUUACGAUGAACGAAGAGCUCAAACGAGCCAGAAAAGCUUUUGAUGAAGCAAAUUACGGAUCUUGACGUUUCUGUAGUCUGCUGAACGGCCUUUUCCUUAGAGCCGUGGCGUGUACGUAUACUCUCCAUUUUGCUAAAAAUGCCUGGCCCCGAAAUAAAGUAGCCAGACAAACACAGAACUGCAGCAGUAUAGAAGGAAGGUGGAUCAUAAACUCAAGCUUUCAGGCUUUAUUCUGACUUUCUAAAUUUUAGACCUGCUUUCUGGGCCCGUAAUUGUCCUUUAUUUCCUGGACGUGAAAGGUUCACGGAUGUUUUAAUAACGUUAGGGUAGCGCAUCUCCUUUGACCCAGCAUUCUCUUUUGGUGCUGAUGUGUUUUGCUUCUAAGUGGUGAUUUCGGACUUGAGUGAGAAUUUUAAGUCGUCGCAUGUAUUUCUUCGCUGCUCCCAUAUACGCUGGGCCCAAGAGGAUGCACUCAGGAGAACUUUUCCUUUGCGAUGGCCUCCUUUCUCCUUUCUAAUAAACAACCCUAGGUACUUUUAACUUGCCCAAAGCGUCCUCCAAAUUCAUUUUCUAAAUAUGCCAGUUGGCUAGUCCUUCGUUUGGUUCACCUCGGUUAGGCCCGGAGAUCUCAUGU